AUGAAUAGUCCAAGGAAACCUAAUUCAUCCUAUUUUGGCCCGAGGCGACGCAUGUCAACUAGAUUGAAGGUGGCAAAUGGAUUGUCUUUGAGGAAACCUGAAGAUAGGUUUAGAUCGAAGCCUAUGAUGAAAAUGCAUAAAGAAUGCCAAAAACAUCGGGCAGAUAUGAAAUGCAUGAAUCUAUCCAAGAGCAAUCACGUGUAUGAUCGGCGAGUGAAUGUUGUGACAGAAGGAGCCAACACAAUUUCUCCCAACGAUACCAACAUUGGGCCAUCAAGUGCUUUAGUAGCAAAGAAUAGCAAAUCAGGAUAUGUGCUAGCCUCAAAGCAUGCAAGCCAACCUACUACAUUGAGGCUAGAGAAUAACUUGAAUCCUUCAUCGGAUGUCAAGUGUUCUAAGCCCUCUAGGAACGCACUUCCUUUGAAAAUACCAAAGGCUUCUGCCUCUUGGAAGUCAAAGGAUGACUCAAAUGCCAUAGCGAGACAUCUAGAGCAAUCUCACCAUAUAAAGACAUCUAGAGCAAUCUCAUGUCGAACUCACUUGAAGGCGAUGCCAAAUUUGAUUCACAAGGCAAAGAAUGUUGCUACCUCAAAUCUAAACAAUGGUGACUUGGGUUCAAGGCGAAGGGGCCAGUCGAAUUCAUAUAAAGGAGAAGACAUCAAUGUUGGGAAGGAAGGCACUAAAACUUUAGAGCCCUUGAAAAGUGGAGAAGUCUCAAGAAAAUCAAACACCCCAGUGGUAAAUCGGAUGGAUCCUAACAAAGAUGAGCCAAACAAAGUGAAGGGAAGCCAAGAUGAAGUUGUCCCCAAAGAAGAGGGAAUGAAAGGUCAUACAUGUGAAGUCCGUGUGGCGCGUGGCAAUCGACAUAAGCAGACGAACACCACAAAGACAAAUGAUGCUCCAAAUUUUAGUUCAUUGUUAGUUGAGAAGAAACACAUGCAAGGUCUUGGGAGUAAUUUGAGAGAUAAUUCAUCCCAUUUGUUUGGAAAGAAUCAUUGCGGACACCAAAGGGACGAUCAGUUCAUUGAAGUUAACAGUGGUGCAACAUUUUCUUCCAAACAUGUUCUCUCAUGUGAGUAUAGAGAACCAAACUUGAAGUUGCCUAAUAGUGUCCAAUCAGUUGGAGGCAAUGGGAAAACCAAUGACGUCAUAUCUAGGAGGAGGAAACGGCCAUUGUUAGAAGAAAAGGCUAGUACACAUGUGCAAAAAGAUCUUACUUGUAGACCAAUGAAGAGGCGGAGAUACAUAGAAGCCAACGAAGAUGAAGAAGGUAAUGUCGGCAACCAGCAUCCGGUGCAUAUUGAAGAUGUUGAGCGGCAAUGCUAUUGUUGCUCGAAGCCUAUUGACAUACCGAGAUGGAGUGGACUCUUUAAGAUAGAUGGAAAGGAAUACAUAUCAUUGGCUGGACAUUUGUCAUCCAAAUCUUGCGAGAAAGUGUGGAAAUUGUCAUCAUUGCCGAAGGUGGUUCAAGUGACAAAGGUUCCUAGAAUGGCAGCAUGGCCUAAGAUAUUUAAAGCAUCAAAACCCACUGAUGACAAUAUUGGCCUAUAUUUCUUCCCUCCUGAAAUGAGGCAUGAUGAAGAACUAGAUCAACUGAUUAAUGAAGUCAUGGAUAAAGAUUUGAUCUUGCGAGCUGUUAUUGGUGAAGCUGAGAUGUUGAUAUUCCCGUCUGUUCUACUGCCUGAAAGAUAUCAAACAUUCCAAAGAAAAAACUACCUAUGGGCAACGUUCAAAGCAAAAGAGGAUAAAGGUGAUGUAAUUGUAGAACAGGAGCAUGAGAAGGAAAAACAUGUUUCAAACCAGCUAGAUGAGGUACAAUCUGAGGAACCAGAUCAACAAAUGAUUUUGAUGAAAAGUGCCAUGUUUUUGGAGAACCAGCAGUUUCCUGCUAAGAGCAUUCAAGAAGUUGAAGCUUGCUGUGUUCAAAGGCCCACCAAUAUGUGGCUUGAACAUGAAUCUCCUGAAGAAAGAAGACUCAGAGACUCAUCGCAUCGAGCUGGCUGCACCACUGCAACAUCUACUGCAGUUGCUAAUGCUGCUACAGUUCCCACUGAAGCUACUUCGUUUACUACUGAUAAUGCUUCAUUUCCUGCAAAUCAUGGACUGAUCCGUCCAAGCAUGGAAGUUCCCCCUCAAACCAGUAGUGUCUUUGGUAUUGUUGUCAGACAAGCUCCAAAUCUUGAACCGGAAGUCAAGCAAUUUAUCCAGGAGAUGGAACGCAAAGGUGCAUUGGUCACUGUUAUGAGGGGGAAGGCAAUUGGUGGAGACCCAUGGCCAAGCAACGUCACGACCACUAUGCAGUAG